CAUCUCUGCACAUGAGUUGUUUUCACAGAAUCUGAAGCUGUACCUCGGAAAUAAAAUCUCUGACUGAACAGAGCAGCAACUCUCUCUCAGACACAUCAAGACUCGAAGCAACACAGUGUGUGAGCAGCAGGAGUCAUGUCACUCCGGUUCCUAACUCUGCUUUUUGGCCUGGGUUUGACGGCAGCUGCACUAACAGGGGAAACAGAAACUGAUGUUGAUGAAGGUCAUGACUGGGACAUCUUCGACAUCAAUCAAGCGGCCGAGCUGGACCUGCUGGAGGGAGAUAUCGACAUGCCAUCGGGCAGAAACUCCAUCAUAGGAGAUUCGUUUCGCUGGCCAACAACCAUUCCUUACUACCUGGAGGACAGCCUGGAAAUGAAUGCAAAGGGAGUGAUCCUAAAGGCCUUUGACCAGUACAGACUGAAGACCUGUAUUGACUUCACACCAUGGAAUGGAGAAAAGAACUACAUCUCUGUGUUCAAAGGCAGCGGAUGCUUCUCCUCUGUAGGGAACCAGCAGGAGGGAAAGCAGCGAUUGUCCAUUGGUAAUAACUGUGAUCGUCUUGGAACUGUUGAGCAUGAGUUCCUGCAUGCUCUUGGAUUUUGGCACGAGCAGUCCAGAGCUGAUCGUGAUGAUUACGUCAACAUCAUGUGGGAUCGCAUUGAACCUGGAAAAGAGCACAACUUCAAGACAUAUGAUGACAAAGUGUCCAGUGCUCUGGGCGUCCCCUAUGACUACGGUUCAGUGAUGCACUACAGUAAGACUUCCUUCAACAUCGGCUCUGAGCCCACCAUCGUAACCAACAUCCCCUCUUUCAUGGAUGUGAUUGGUCAGAGGAUGGGGUUCAGUGCUAGUGACCUAACCAAACUCAACCGUCUCUACAAAUGCACAGAGUCCUCCACCUUUGUGGACAGCUGUGACUUUGAACAGGAGAACAUCUGUGGGAUGAUCCAAAGAAAUGGGAACAAAAAGUGGGAACAACGCAGUUCUGUGAGUGGAGGGCCUCAGCACGACUUCACCGCCAUGGGACAAUGCAAAGGGAAAGGCUUCUUCAUGCACUUCAGCACAGCCUCUACUGAACCUGGGCACCAGGCCUCUCUGGAGAGUCGCUGGCUUUACCCCAAACCUGGAGCUCAGUGUCUGCAGUUCUUCCUCCAUAACACGGGGGCGGCUGAUGAUGUUCUCAACAUCUGGGUGCGAGAGUACGACAAGGCCACACCCAGCGGUAAACUGAGCCUCUUCAAGAGCAUUUCAGGAGGUGUCAUGGGUUCCUGGGAGCUGCAUAAUGUCGAUCUGAGCGUGACAGAGAAGGCCCGUGUGGUGUUUCAGGCCGUGAGGGGAAAGAGUCCAUCGAGUGGGGGUUUCUCUCUUGAUGACAUCAACCUGUCGUCCACAAAGUGCCCUCAGCACGUCUGGCGCAUCCGCAACAUCACCAGCCUGAUGGCCAGCACACCAGCAGGAGAAAAACUGUACAGCCCUCGCUUUCUCUCUCCAGCAGGUUACUCCUUCCAGGUUGGAGCAUAUCUAAAUGGAAGAAGCGACCGUCAGGGGUACAUGGGCCUCUACUUCCAUCUGACCUCAGGCCCCAACGACCACAACCUAAAGUGGCCUUGCCCCUGGCAGCAGGCGACCAUGGCCCUGAUGGAUCAGCAUUCUGACAUCAGAGAGCAAAUGAACAUGCACCGAAUGGUCACCACUGACCCUGAUAAGGUGUCCAGUGAUGGUACUGAGUACUACUGGGAUGACCCAAGGAAAGUGGGGUCGAAAGUGACGCAGUCUGAUGGCAGCUUUUACUAUCGAGGCCCAGGAACCGGGACCUCAACCUUCAUCACACACAGCAGGCUGAGGAGCAGACAGUUCAUCAAAGGAGAUGAUGCCUUCUUCUUGUUAAGUCUGGAUGAUAUAUCUGACCUGCUGCAACCUCAGCCUCGUCCUCGCUCUGCAGACUAUGCUGAAGCCAGUGCGAUGAAGGCUGUAGACCAAGACACUCCACAGGCAGCAGCUAGUAACCUCAUGGUGAUCGUGGUUGUGGCGAUGUCUGUGUCAGCAGCCAUUUUUGUGGUUUCCACACUACUUCUUGGCCAGGCGUGGAGGGUGAGGAGAAGACAGCGAGGGAGUGACGAUGUGGUGACAUUACAUGAUAUGCAAUUCACUGAGCACCCGACCAAAGACUUACCCUCAGUUCUGAUCUCUGCAUGAGCUCCUCACUGACCAGAGCAGAGGACGCUUCACAUCUCUGCACAUGAGUCAUUUUCACAGAAUCUGAAGCUGUAUCUCGGAAAUAAAAUGUCUGACAGGA